CCAAAUCCAAUAUUACUGCUCCGUCUAGGGUUUUAAGGUAGCCACGAGCCCUGCCUCCUCUCCUUCUCUCUCACACAUUCUCCCCGGAGGCGUGGCAGCGCAAGUGCAGAGAAGGGGUUCGUUCUCUUCGCCAAGAUGGGUAUCUCUCGGGACUCCAUGCACAAGAGGCGCGCCACCGGAGGGAAGAAGAAGGCGUGGAGGAAGAAGAGAAAGUAUGAGCUCGGGAGGCAGCCGGCAAUGACGAAGCUGUCCAGCAACAAGACGGUGCGGAGGGUUAGGGUUCGUGGCGGGAACGUGAAGUGGAGGGCUCUGCGACUUGAUUCCGGAAAUUACUCGUGGGGAAGCGAGGCCAUCACCCGUAAGACCCGUGUCCUCGAGGUCGUCUACAAUGCGUCCAACAACGAGCUCGUGCGGACGCAGACUCUCGUGAAGAGCGCGAUCGUCCAGGUCGACGCGGCGCCGUUCAAGGCGUGGUACACCCAGCAUUACGGUAUCGAGAUCGGCCGCAAGAAAAAGGCCGCCCCGGCCGCCAAGAAGGAGGGGGAGGAUGGCGAGAAUGCCGCACAGGAAGCUAAGAAAAGCAAUCAUGUGAUCAGAAAACAGGAAAAGCGAGCUGAGGGCCAUAAACUUGAUCCUCAUAUUGAAGAACAGUUCAGCGGAGGAAGAUUGUUGGCUUGCAUCGCAUCCCGCCCUGGUCAAUGUGGACGAGCUGAUGGGUACAUUCUUGAGGGCAAGGAGCUAGAAUUUUACAUGAAGAAGAUCCAAAGGAAGAAGGGCAAAGGUGGAGCUGGUGCUUCUGCUUAAGCAACUGCUCCUUCCCGAGAUUUUGUGUCCCUCUAGGUUUUGCUCUUUCCUCCAGGUUAGAUGCAUAGUGUUUUUGAGGCGGUAACUUGAAACAUUGAAGUUGUUGAUUCUAUGAUAUUUAAUAGGAUUUUGUGAGAGAUCGAGAACGUCACUUUCUAUGGACAAAUUUUGUACGCUCCUAAAUUCAUUUGCUAUCAUUUAGUUUAUGAAACAAUUUUUUGUUGAUCUUUCCAA